AUGGAAGAUGAAGAUGACGAAGAGGAUGAAGCUGUUCGCGAGGAGGGCAAUCAAGACCCUCUGGGUGAUGAGGAAGAAGAGGAUGGGCACGAUGACGAAGAUGACGCCGAACAUGACGAGGAUAAUGAUGUUGAUGACGACGAUAGUGCUUCAGACGUCUCGGAGACAACUCGUGAACGACGAAAUGCAUUCUUUGCAAAAGAAGAGCCAAAGGAAUCACCAAUUCCUACUGAUUUCACAGCACUUCAAUUGAAUCGCGCGCUAUUACGGGGCUUGGCUGCAUUGAAUUUCAGCAGACCCACCCCUAUUCAAGCACGUACCAUCCCGAUUGCAUUGGCUGGAAAAGACAUUGUCGCUGGAGCUGUUACGGGCAGUGGUAAAACAGCCGCUUUUUUAAUUCCAAUCAUGGAGCGUCUGUCAUAUCGCCAGCGAAGUGCUGAUGAUGCCAAGUCGCGCGUCGUUGUUCUCUGUCCUACACGUGAGCUGGCCAUCCAAUGUCAUAGUGUGGCCCAAGCACUCGGGAAAUUUAUGAAUGUGCGCUUUUGCCUGUGUGUUGGUGGACUGAGCCUGAAGCUCCAGGAAGCAGAACUCAAGACACGGCCCGACGUCAUUAUCGCCACUCCAGGCCGUUUGAUUGAUCAUGUGCGAAACAGCGCAUCAUUCGGCAUGGAAGAUGUUGAAAUUCUCGUGAUGGAUGAAGCUGAUCGUAUGUUAGAAGAUGGAUUUGAGGACGAGCUCAAUGAGAUCGUGCGGCUUUGUCCGAAGCAGCGCCAGACGAUGCUUUUCUCUGCAACCAUGACAGAAGACGUAGACCAGCUUGUGCGUCUGAGCCUUCGGACACCUGUGCGCUUGUUCGUUGAUCCAAAGCGGUCCACAGCCUCGAAGCUCACGCAGGAAUUUGUUCGGGUUCGUGCGCAAUCACGACUCACAGGUCAUGCGCGCCAGCAGGCAGAAGACCAGCACCGUGCUGCAAUUUUAGUUACCUUGUGCAUGCGUACGUUCCGUGACCAGGUGAUUAUCUUUGUGCGCAGUAAGAAGCUUGCUCAUCAGCUCAAAAUUCUAUUCGGCUUAUUAGGUCUGUCGGCUGCUGAGCUGCAUGGUGACUUGUCGCAGGAGCAACGUCUUCAGUCGCUUUCGCUUUUCCGCGAUGGAAAAGUCGACUUUUUGUUGGCGACUGACCUUGCGAGUCGCGGUAUAGAUAUCCGGGGCGUGCAGACUGUGAUUAAUUAUGACAUGCCAGCACAACUUGAACCCUAUCUGCAUCGUGUGGGACGUACUGCUCGUGCGGGGCGCCAAGGUCGUGCCGUGACGCUGGUGGGUGAACCAGAUCGUCGUCUUUUGAAGACUGUGCUAAAACGCACCCCGCCAGAGCAAGUGAAGCAUCGUCUCAUGCCGUCCGAGAUGGUGCAGAAAUUGUCCGACACGAUUGCUUCCCUCAAGCCAGAAGUGGAGCAAAUUCUGCAGGAGGAAAAAGAGGAGCGAGCAUUGAGACAGGCUGAAAUGGAGGUUCAAAAGGGCGAGAAUAUGAUGGCCCAUCAGGACGAAAUCUAUGCGAGGCCUGCGCGCACUUGGUUCCAAAGCGAGAAGGCUAAAGCAGACGCAAAACAAGUGUCACGCGAGCAGCAAAAUGCCAAGGUGGAUGUAUCAAAGGCUCGCGAUCGCUUCGCAGGACUUUCACGACGUAAGAAACGCAAUAAACUUAUGCGUGAAGAAGAUGCGAAGGAGACGAACCAACGUGAGAUUGACGUAGCUGUACGUGCAGCGAAGCGUCUGCAACGGCCAUCGAGUCUGGGUGCGCGUGUGACCAGCAAAACAAACAAAGCGAAUAAGAAUACGAAGAAAGCCAAAAUGUCGAAGGCACUUCAUUCGAGCAAGAAGGGUGGUGCCUUUGGAUCAGAUAUGGGAUCCCGAAAAUAG